AUGACGAAACUGCCCCUCCUCCUCCCUCUGCUCUCGCCUCGCGCCGCCUCCCCGUCGCGAGCCCUGACACCGCCACCCGCGCGCCUCCUCGCCGUCGCCGCUGCGGGAGCAAGCGUCCAGGACGCAGUGAUGUCAGCGGCCGCGACCGGGGAUUACCCGUGCCCAGUGUCCCCGCCCUACCCGGCCGUCUCCAAGGACGUGGAGCUACGGCGCGCCUUGACGGCCUCCGCCCGCUCCGGUGCCUACUCCUCCGCCGCCGUCGUGUUCGAGGACGAGUGGCUCGCCGUGGUGGACAAGCCCGCCGGCGUCUACUGCGAGGCCCUCCUCUCCGCCCUCCCUUGCUCCACCGCCUCCUCAGGGGAUCCUUCAAGUAAACCUAACCUUCACCUCGCGAACAGGCUAGAUCGUGAUACCAGUGGUCUCAUGGUCAUCACCAAAUGCAACAAAGUUGCAGCGAAGCUUGUGAAGGCCUUUACUGAGCACAAAGUGAAGAUAACAUAUCUAGCUCUUUGCAUAGGUUACCCACCAGCGUGGGAAAAGAUUAAGAUAUGUUCUGGUCAUGGGCGAUCAAAACACGGCGCUUGGCGUGUGUACGCUAUGUCUGACGUUGGCCGAACACUACCAGGGGGUUCCUCUGUAAGGGACAUGAGCACAAAAUUCGAAGUGCUAGGGACAGAUGGUGAAGGACAGUACAGAGAACCAUCUAAUGUUGACAUUGAUGAUAUAGAGUCGAUUACAGUACAAGAGAAAGCAGCUGACCAAACUUCAAAUGUUGAUGUGAAGAACCACAUGAUUUUUGUUAGAGCCUAUCCUCAAAGUGGACGAACACACCAGAUUCGUCUGCACUGUCAAUAUCUUGGGUUUCCUAUCAGAGGUGAUGUGAAGUACGGAGGAGUGAUCGAGUGGAACGGUGUGGACUGUGAUGGUCAUGCGUUGCAUGCAGAAAGCUUAUCGUUUGUGCAUCCGGUAACUGGAUUGCCUGUCACAUUCCGAGCACCUCUCCCUUCAUGGGCAAGUAAAAUUAUUUCAACAAUGGGAUGA